GCCUCACUCCUUCGACAUUUCCAACAGGCAUCGACGACGGCCACGACUCUGCCGAAGUAGGACGAAGAGACAGCGGCCAUGUCGGGACCAUCGAGCCUUUUCAAGAGGGCGCUUCACACGACGAGGGCACUGGCUGACGAAGCCGGCGGCUCGUCUUUCCGACGGCGGCUCGGCGGGCAGUCCUCUUCAGCAGCCGCAACAGCAGCAGCUGCCGCUGCAGCGACUGCGACAGCAUCGACGAGCACUCCUCGGCCGGCCCAGCCGCAAUUCAAGAGAUUCAUCAAAGGACAGUACUACUCCCCAAGCACCCUCAACCUCGAGAAGCUCUCGCCAGGAGCAGCCGAAGGAGCAGCCUCCAGACAGCGGAGACCCGCACCGCCCCUGCUGGGCCCGGGAGCAAAGGAGGCCCGCAAGGCAGACCCCUUGCACCAGCUCGGCCUCCGCCCCGGCCACCCGUCGCUGCACGACGACUCGUACAAGAACCCGGUGCUGCUGGCCAACUACGUCACGGAAAUGGGCAAGAUCCGGCCGCGCAACCUCACUGGGCUCACGCGCCGCAGCCAGCGCGAGAUCGGCAAGGCCAUUCGUCGCGCGAGGAGUAUGGGCCUGAUGCCCGUGCUGAGCAAAAAGGGCGUCGAGGGCUGGAAGGGCGAACGGUAGAUGGUUUUCUAAGAUAACAAUGCCAUGCUUCCUUGUAAUUCAAAUCACUGUCUCGGUCUCAAAAUAAUGC